CACCCUCCACACUGUAGAUGUCUCCAGAAUCCACUGGGAAUCGUUUCACGAUAUUAAACCACAGAAGAAGAACAACCAGGAAGUGUAACACUUCAGCUCCAGAAUGAGCAAUUGCAGCUGUUCCUUUUCUUGGGAGAAGUUGAUGGAGCUGCCAGGAGCAUAAACUUCAGGCCCAGCAGAUGUGAAUCAGUUCAAUUAAGAUGGAGAAGAUGAUCAACUGUUUCAAGAGGAGGCCAGAUGCUGUGAGCAGGCUGAUAUGUUUCCCCUGGGCAGGCGGAGGCUCCAUACACUACGCCCGCUGGGGAAACGUCCUCAACAGCUCCAUAGAAGUGUUCGCCGUCAAACUUCCAGGCAGAGAGAGUCGAGCCAAAGAGCCCUUCUUCCAGCACAUGCAGCAGAUUGUGGACGAGGUUAUUGGCGCGUUGUUACCGCUGCUGAAGGAGAAGCCUUUUGCUCUGUUUGGACACAGUUUCGGAGCCUUCACGAGCUUCGCUGUGGCAGACGCUCUGAAGAGGCUGCACAACCUCGAGCCAGUUCACAUCUUCCUGUCCGGAGCCUCUGCACCUUAUUCAGAAACGCGUAUCAACACCCCGAAGAGAAGCAACUUAUCUGAUGACGACUUUCUCAAGUGGAUGAGUUCGAUCGGAGGAACUCCUCCUGAGCUGCUGGCGAACCCUGAAGUCCUGAAGCUCUUCCUUCCUGCCCUGAAGGCCGACCUGCACGUUGUGGAGAACUACAGGUGUGACAAGCCAGACAGUCCGAUCCUCUCCUGCCCGCUCACGUGUUUUGAUGGAAAAGAUGACAUUCCUCAUGACUUACAAGCUUGGAAAAGCAUCACGUCAGGAGAUUUCACCGUCAGGAUGUUCGACGGAUCCCAUUUUUACCUGAAGGAUUCUGCGAAUGAAAAAAUUAUCUUAGACUUUGUCACGAAACAGCUGGAGACAUCAGAAAUGGACUAUUUAUAAUGACGCAUGGAGAAUCACUGCAUGAUGUGACUUUAUUGGGUUUUUCCAGAAGGGUAACUUGAAUGUACUUGAAUACCUGUGAAAUGAAUCUUAAAAAGUCAGAAACUAGCAAUUAUAACAUCAUACUGAUACAAUUUCUUUAUUUUUCGGUCGUGGAGGCAAAUGCGGCAUUUUAAUUUUUACUUUAUUCACCAUUUCUGUAGGCUAUUAGAUAUGUCGCAUAUUAAUUAACAUCAAUUUGAUGUAAAUGUGCCAGAUUUAGCUUAGAAGCUAUUUUUUAACUACAGUGCACUUAGUUUUUUUAAUUAAUUUCAUAAGAAUAUAUUAUAAGGCAUUUUUUCUUAAUAAAUGAAUCCAAUGUGAUUAAUCAUUAAUUCGCAGUGUAACAGACUCCAUAAAGAUGAAUUUAUCUUAUGUUUUUGUUCUAAAUCCAUAUAGUUGAAACCCGUGUCCAGGCAGUCACAGUGUUCUUGGUUCGAGGUAGAUAAAAUAUAUAUAACUGCUCACCUGUGCACAGAUUUGAGAUGCUGGAACUGUCCACAUAAUAACAAACUUCAUUUGUGAAUAAAUACGUCUUUAUUAUA